AUUUCUCUUUACGGCAACAGGACUGUGACCCUACAGUCUGGGAGUCGUUCCAUCCAAAAGAGCAAUUUGGUACUUCCUCGCGUUCCUACAGCUUAUUAGAGCCUAUGUUAUGGCUUGGCUCGGCCUGCGUGUGAUUUUAAAAGAAUGGCUCGGGCCUGUUGGAGCUAGCCGUUUCACCGAGGAGGAUCUGCGCCUGCUGUGGGACGGUGGAUACGAGACGUUGGAAGAUCUGGAGGCUGCGAGCUAUAGUGGACUUCGGGACGCCAAACUAAAACCCGCACGGGCAGACCAAAUUAUCCACGCUCAAGGUGCGCCGACCGGCACAACAGGAGCUGGUGCCACGGUGGUCCUCAAGGACACGACGGCCACGUACCUCAAGGCCUGCCUGCCUGCGUUCGACGCGCACCAACUGUGGGGUUCCGCUGCCCAGCUGCGCCUCUUGCUGGCUGAGACCAUAACCCCUGGCCUCCCGCUGCUAGCGCCUGCGGCCGCACGCCUGUUCCAACAGCAUGCCGAGCUGGAGGGGCCGCUGGUGUCGACCGCUGCCUCUGCUGCGGCUGCAAGCGCGGAGGACCUGUCUUCGCACGUGCGGAAUGUCGUGCUGGGCAUGAAGCCGUGUGUCGGGUCUGAGAUGUACACUGCGAAAACCACCUCUGUCGUGGUGGAGGACACGCUGCGGCUCAUCGCCGGGCACCUGCCGGAUCUGAUGCACAUUCAUAUGGACCGCAACACGACGGACGCAAGCGAGGCGACAAUCAAGAGCUUGCGACCUGACUUCCUGUGCUGGGUCAACGGAGCACUGGUCCUCAAGGGCGAGGAAAAGGCCCAGUCGCGGCAGCUUGAAGCUGCAAUCAAGGAGCUGACAACCAAGAUGUCGAGUGCGUGGGCAGCGGGGCUGGUGCCGGACAAGCGGCCGCCCUGCAUGCUGGCUUUCGCCGCAGCAGGGACACUGCUGCAGUUCUUCUGCAUCCAGCCGCCGGAGUCGGACGGAGACCGCGUGCAGGCCACGCCGAUCAGCGCUGCGCUGGACCUCACCACUGCUCUGGGUCGGCUGCGGGCAUUGACUGCCUCGUGCAACAUCUGGCGACUACUUGCUGGCUACGCCUCGCAGGCGCCCACCGUGCCCCUGGAGUCCGGGCAUGUCACGCGCUCGCCGGACGGCCUGCGCACCUACUGCCUCCUGCCAGGCUUCGUCCGCAAGUCCAUCGCCAGCUUCGCAACCGAGCAGGCGCCGUUCGCCAGCUUUGAGGUGCUGCAGGACGUGUACAGCAAGAUGUCGAAGCCGGAGCACCGGCGCAACAUCAUCCAGGUGUACAACAUCGAGGGGCACGCCGGCCCGCAGCUGCUGAAUGACGUGUACACAGUGCACCUGGCGCCGGUGGGGGUGCCCUGCCAGGGCGCACCCACCGACCUGCGCAUUCUCGCGGGUGCGGUGUCCGGCGUGCUGCGCGGCCUUGCGGCGCUGCACAGCGAAGGUACCUUGCCUCAACUGCAUACAUGGCACAUGGAACGCUCUUUCGUGCUUGUGGCCAUGCCCGCCUGUGUGCUUGCUUGGGCCGACGUACGACGUGCGGUCACAGGCUUUGUGCACCGUGACGUGCGGUGGCCCAACGUCAUCUUCCUGCCCGCCGAGAGGCGCUGGCUGCUGAUCGACCUGGAGCACGCCGGCCUCCACGACUGCGACUGCAGUGGGGCGCCGUACCCGCUGCAGCACUGGAGCCAGCGCACGCUGGACGCCGGCGGCAAAUACACGUUCCGCUCAGACCUGCGCAUGGUGGCGGAGCAGCUGCUGUGCGGGGGGGUGACGCUGGACGAGGGCGGCAGGGACCUGCGGCGGCAGCUGCUGUCUGGCCAGCUCACGGCGGCGGCGGCACUGGAGCACGAAUGGCUGGUGGGCUCCGGGCUGGAGUGAGUGAACUUCGGGGUGAAUGUGGAGGAGAUUGAGUAUGCGAGCCGUCCCAAGCUCUGGGGUGGUGAAAGGACUGAUACCGGGCCUGUCGGGGCCUGGAAGAGUUCCUCUGCGCGACGGCAUCAAAUAACGGGGCCGGUCGCUGUGUGGAGUGCAGCUGCUGAUGUGCAGUCGGUGGGCGGUCAAGCGACCUGGUUAGCUGCCACAGGCAGGUGGCGCAUGUCCACGGCUCCGUGUCCAGGCCACGGCAUCGCUCAUCAGAUGAAGAGCUAUUAAUGACGGAGGCGGCGACUGCACGGGGGCCAGCUGCUGAGGCACUGCACGGGGGCCAGCUGCUGAGGCACUGCACGGGGGCCAGCUGCUGAGGCACUGUCGGCAGCACGUACGGUAACGCGCAGUGCGCAGUGCACUGUAUGUGGCAUUGUGGAUGGCGCACAUCGGGCCGCGCGUGAUUGAUGCCAUACCGGUAGUUUCUCGUGAUAGGGCCACCGGCUUUUCCGGCUGAGGAGGUGGUACUGUGCAGCGGACUAAGGAUGCAUGUUUGCUAUGGAAGUUCUAGAACCAGUAUGUGGUGAUAAGCGGGGGUUUUGGAUGGGAUGGCACUUCAGAGACUGCUUAUGACGAGAUCGUGGUAAAGGGACAUCGCAACUGUUGUGUGGGCAACCCCAAGGGAAUAGCUGUAGGGCGUUAUUUGUGGUUUGCACGGCCAGUGGAGUGGGCCACUUCAGGGCAGCAUUUCAUGGAGCCCGCAUCAAAGGAAGGGAAGGGAUCUGCGUCUGAUAAGGGCGUCAGGGGCUGGAUCACGGUAUGUUUAAAGGUGCGGGUCUACCCGGCUGGCGCCACUCGGUGCCGAAGGGGCCGCACUGGGGCGCGCGGCGUAGGUGGGGGCGAACCGACAGCUGUAGGUGCAAAGCACGCGGCACCUCCUGUCAGCGCCAGUACAUGUUUUGUACAAGCCCUCGCCAGCCGCGUAGCCCGCUAAAACUGUUACGGACUAACAUGCAAGUGCGUGCUGGGGUUCCAACGCGGGGAACACGGGGAGAUCGGGAUGGGCGAAGGCGUGACGCCGCGGCAGCACGCGGCACACGCAACGUCGGUCCAACCUGGGACGCGAGGCGUGUACUAUAUUUACGAUCAAGUUGGAUGGGCGGGAUAAAUACAGAUGGAGUGCACCAAGCAACGGCGUGAGAGACAAGGCGAAUUCUGGAUUCCGCGAAGCAGACGGCGAGUGAAAGGGCUGACAGUACGCCGGCCGUUUGAAGAUUGAUUGGUUGUGUUAAACUAUCUUAAUGGUUAACAAGAAGCAAGCGAGUAGAGGAACGGUGCGGUAAGCUGUCGGCAAAAGACGACAGACGAGCCGGUGGCGAAGACAAGGGCCCGAAGCAUUGCAUUUGGUGUUCUGUUUGGAAUACAAAAUUGGGGUGACGAGUAGGAGGCAGUUUGAGCAGAGAGUCGCUGAAGGGUUGCGGACCCAGCGAGCGGUUGACGGCCAAAAGCCGCAGUCGGCAACGAAGGGUCGGCUGCAUUAAAUACUGUGCAGCUACGCUGCAUGGCACCUUCGAUAGUCUGGGUAUAUAUUGCGCAUGUGUAGUUAACAGCAACGCGCUUGGUCGGGGCUCAAGUCUUCCCGAUGGUCC